AUGAUGUUGUCGUUGAACUCGCCGCUCACAGUGGAACCCUUCCCAGAGCGGCAACCUGUUGAAAGAACAUGGCCAGAGGGAUUUGGCGGCGGCCGCUUCGAUUUUAGAAUCGAAGUUUUGAAAAAACAAUUAGGAACCCGCCUCGAUAGGCUUAGAGUAAGUUUAUAAAUUUUCAGCUGCAUAUUAUAGUAGUAUAUUAAGUUGUUCAAAAAGUAAUUAUCCUUUUUUAUUUUUUCCAAGUAAAUGACGUUUCUUAAAUAACAACACUUGUUGUUCUAUAAUUCUUCUAUACUGCAAUAUUAGAAUAUUGUCAACGUUUUAAAAUCAAUAAAAUAAAUAACUAACAAGGAAGGUAACGGACCUGCAACACUCAGAUUUCGUUCAAAUUUUUUUAUUGAAGGAUCAUGUAAAUAUAAGAUUUUCAGCAAAUUACUAAAUCGCCCUUUCCACGAAAUCUUGAGUAAAUCCAGAUCAAAAAAUUGCGUUUUGAAUACCACGCCAAAUUGGCAUUUUGCUUUAAGCUUAUGACUUUGCCAUUUUUUGACUUUUAUCAAUCUUUCUUUGAUAUACUAGUAGAAUACCUUUAAAUAAACCUACAUUUUUAAAGUUGUAAGCGUAGCUUGUCUGGACAGUCAAAAAAAGUGCCAACACAACGCCGAAUCGGCGAAAAAUUCAAAUAUUUCAAAUUUAAAACUCGAAAGCGCAAGCUAAAAUUUUUUAUGGGUACUAUUGGUGGUACAAAGAAUUCAUUUAAAAAUUUUGAGCUGAUUCUGAGCGGGACAGGUAGGGUACUUUCUUUGUUAGCUCUAUUUUAACGCUAGUUUAAAUACGUUUUAUAACUUUAACUAAAUUUAAAAAUAUAUAUUUUUAGGAAUUAAUUAAUAAAAAAAAUCGAAAAGCACAGAAACGUGCGGCAACAUACAGCUGUGAGGGAGAACCACCUAAGAAAGUGAGAUGUUUGGAGCCAGAAGACGACACAUUUAUGGACUUCGAAUGA